AUGCAAGCUAUAUCUAAUGGAUUGCAGAUGCAAAAACCUCCAGGCAUGACGGUGAAUUUUGAUCCAUAUUGUCAACUUAAUAAGCGGUACAGUAUCCCCAUGUCACCCUUAAUUCACCAUACACAAUAUAAUACUCAAUAUCACCGACCACAACCCAGCUUUCAACAACCAUUAGUGAUAAAUGGGGAACAACAACCUAGCCCUUGUUCAUCUAAUCACUCAUCAACAUCGAGGUCAACUUCUCUAUCAGUAUCGUCACAAAGCUACGUCUCUCCUAUUGAAACAUAUUCUAAUCAGUCAUCAAAUGAACCAAAUUUAGUAACAUAUAUAAAUGAUUACAAUAUUAAUGAUUGA